UGAGAUCAGACCAGGCAGCUCUGUGACUCUCUCCUGCCGGUUGUAUUUUUAUGAUAGAUACCCUUGUGAUACUUUGGUCCGUUCUGAUGGACUUCAGCUGGUCUGGGUGAAUCAGGCUGGUGUUAGUGUGAUGACAGACUUCAGAUAUCAGAUAUCAUUCUCCUCAACACACUGUAUCAGCACUCUAAAACUCCUAAAUAAAGAUCUCAACAGAGAGUGGAGAUGUCUGGUUACUCAGAGAAAUCAACUGAGGACCUCAGCCACAUAUACCGUCAAGUAUUCAGCUCCAGUUGAUUCAGCAACACAGAUUCCAGUCAGAAACUCAAACUCUGAGAAGAAAUCAAGCCGAACUACAGCAGCAGCUCAGACACAACAAGCUCCAGUUGAUUCAGCAACACAGAUUCCAGUCAGAAACUCAAACUCUGAGAAGAAAUCAAGCCAAACUACAGCAGCAGCUCAGACACAACAAGGUAAUUGGAUCAUUACCUCAAACUCUGGUGUGACUUCAGCUGUACACAGAUCUUCAGUUACACAGCAAGUUAGUAUUUUUGAAUUUACACAACAUGGCACAUCUGUAGCAUCAACUACAGAGAAAACACAGAUUCCAGCUACUGCACCAAAGUUUGAAGUCUCUAUGGAUGCUGGAUCAUUAUUCAGAGUGAUUAUGAUUAUUGUUGAGACUGCAGUGUUUGCUGCUCCUACUGUGAUUCUUCUUCAGAUCAUCUGUGCAAGAAGAUCUGGGAGGAAGGACUCACACCACCCAGAGGAAAUAGAGAUGCCUGCUACAGUGUUAGAAUAAAAACUGAUAAAAUAACAAGCAAGAUCUGUUAAUUAUCAUUACAUAGAUGUAUUUUGAUUUUUAUUAUUAUUAUUAUUUGUACACUGAUUAUUUAAAUGCAAAGUCAAAUCCUUACUUAUUUUUCCUACUAACCCUAAAUAAGAAAAAGUAUGAAUGUAUGUUUUUCAUGUCAUUUCAUUCAUAAAUAUGAAUUCACAAAAUGGCAAACUUCUUUUUUGGUCUUCAAAAAUGUGCUGAAAAUUAUUUGAUUAUUUAACUAAGAUGUAUUUAACCUUGAUAUUGGGUUCAUAAUCAGUAUUAGGGUUAAAAAAGGGAUUAUAUUUAUUAAUUUCAUACACCAAAGCCAUUAGAGAAAAUUAAGAAUAAAUAAGGAAUGUUAAUCAAGAAACAAUAUUUAAAAGAAAACAGAAAACAACUCAUAUCUCUUGGCUGG